CACACACAUGACUCCCUUCAUUAAUUAACAAAACCUCUUCCCCUUCUCUACUCUCACCAACUAUAAUACUCCAUACACAGAGAGAGAGAGAUCAGAGAGAGGCAAACGGCCGCACACUGGUCGUAGCCAUGGCGGAUUACUACAUCCCAACAUCAAAACACUCCACAACCUCCUCCUCCUUCUUAAAAAGAACCAACGUCGCUCCCUUCCUCUUCGUCGCCUUCCUCUGUUCCCUCGCUUACUCCCUCGGUCUCUGGCAACACACCCACUCCGCCACCACUUCCAACCUGGGCCAAACCAUCCCCUGCACCACCACCACCGCAAACACUACCACAACCACCACGUCCUCAACCAACCCCCGCCACUCCUCCGCCCCCUUAGACUUCUCGUCCCACCACUCUGCCGACGACGACGACGACACCUCCGGAACAACCUCCCUCGACGACACCAUCAAAGUCUACCCCCCGUGCGACGUCAAGUACAGCGAGUACACCCCGUGCGAGGACGCCAAGCGAUCCCUGAAAUUCAACAGGGACAGGCUUAUUUACAGGGAAAGGCAUUGUCCCGCGAAGGAAGAACUGCUCAAGUGCCGCGUGCCUGCGCCGUACGGGUACAAGAACCCGUUCAAGUGGCCCGCGAGCAGGGAUCUGGCGUGGUACGCGAAUGUGCCCCACAAGGAGCUGACGGUGGAGAAGGCGGUGCAGAACUGGAUUCGGUACGAGCCUGAGGGGCACCGGUUUAGGUUCCCCGGCGGCGGGACCAUGUUUCCCAAUGGAGCGGAUGCGUAUAUCGAUGAUAUCGGGAAGUUGAUCAAUCUUAAAGACGGGUCUGUUCGAACCGCCAUUGAUACCGGUUGCGGGGUUGCAAGCUGGGGAGCAUAUCUCCUGUCACGAAACAUACUUACCGUGUCGUUCGCACCUAGGGACUCGCAUGAAGCGCAGGUGCAAUUCGCUCUCGAGCGAGGAGUGCCUGCUUUGAUCGGAGUCCUUGCCUCCAUCAGACUUCCUUACCCGUCAAUGGCUUUCGACAUGGCUCACUGCUCUCGCUGCCUUAUUCCAUGGGGCCAACAUGGCGGCGUUUACUUGAUGGAAGUUGAUCGAGUUCUAAGGCCCGGUGGAUACUGGAUCCUGUCUGGUCCACCGAUCCGCUGGAAGAAAUACUGGAAAGGAUGGCAACGAACACAGGAGGACCUUAAUGCGGAACAGACUUCUAUUGAAAGUGUAGCCAAUAGCCUCUGCUGGAACAAGUUGGUUGAACAGGGUGACAUAGCUAUAUGGCAAAAACCUAUCAAUCACUUGCACUGCAAAGCUAACCGUAAAAUCACCCAAAAUCCGCCUUUGUGUCCCGCCCAGGAUCCCGAUACAGCCUGGUACACAAGAAUGGACUCUUGUUUGACUCCAUUGCCCGAGGUUUCCGGUGGUCAAGAAGUAGCUGGUGGGGAAUUAGCAAAAUGGCCACAGAGAUUGAAUGAAGUUCCCCCCAGGAUUUCAAGGGGAACUGUGGAAGGAGUGACAGCAGAGGUUUUCCAAGAAGACAAUGAGCUGUGGAAGAGGAGAGUGUCCUACUACAAAACUGUAAAUAACCAACUCGGGCAAACUGGAAGGUACAGAAACCUACUGGAUAUGAAUGCAUACUUGGGUGGAUUUGCUGCUGCUAUUGUUGGUGACCCUGUUUGGGUGAUGAACGUGGUUCCGGUCGAGGCGAAGGUCAAUACCCUCGGAGUUAUUUACGAACGCGGAUUGAUCGGAACGUAUCAGAACUGGUGUGAAGCAAUGUCUACUUACCCUAGAACUUAUGAUCUCAUUCAUGCUGAUUCAGUGUUCACCCUCUACAAGAACAGAUGUGAAAUGGAAGAUAUCCUGCUGGAAAUGGACAGAAUCCUGAGACCAGAAGGGAGUGUAAUAUUCAGGGACGAUGUGGAUGUGCUGGUGAAAGUGAAGAGGGUGAUAGAUGGAAUGAAGUGGGAUAGCCAGAUUGUGGACCAUGAAGAUGGACCCCUGAAGAGGGAGAAGCUUCUGUUUGCAGUCAAGGUUUACUGGACAGCUCCUGCUUCCCCUGAUCAACAAGGAUCUUCAUAGGGGGAGGCCAGGGCACUACUAAAUAUUUUCUUCUUCCUAUUUUUAAAUCCUUUUUUUUUCUUUUUACAGUUUGUUAUAGUUUUUUUGUUUUUGUUUUUUUUCAUUUCUUUCUCCUUUUGGAAAUGUACUCAUUUAAUUCUUUUGUGAUUUUGUUCGCCAAAUGCAGAGCCAAUAUUCAUCAAUACAAUCAAGUGUUUUGAUGUAGCCAAAAA